AUGGCCAUUGUAGGAGGCAGUUGGCUGUCUGUAAGUCAGGGGAUUGCAGAGGAUACAUCUGAUCCAGUUUCUGGUUUUGCUACUGUUGGUGACGGAUUGAGUGAAUCUGUUGACUAUCCAAACAAGUAUUGGGACUCUGAUGAAUAUGAUGAAGUGGGAUACAUGAGACAACCUAUUGAAGAUGAGGCCUGGUUUCUGGCCCAUGAAAUCGAUUACCCAAGUGACAAUGAAAAGGGAAAAGGGCAUGGGAGUGUUCUGGAUCCACAGGAAAGAGGUCCAACCAAAGAUGAGGAUGAUGACCAAUCCUUUGCUGAGGAGGAUUCUCACUUUUCUGGUGAGCGGUACUUUCAAGCGAAAAAUGUUGAACCAAUUGUAACAUCAGAUGAUCCUAUAGGACUAACAGUGACUGAAUUGUAUGGGAGGAGUGAUGAGAAUGAUUUAAUAGCUCAAUAUGAUGGACAGUUUAUGGAUGAAGAGGAACUUAAUUUGAUGUGUGCAGAACCUGUCUGGCAGGGCUUUGUCACUCAGACUAAUGAACUCAUCAUGUUAGGGGAUGGGAAAGUUCUGAAUGAGCAUGGAAGGCCACGUCUAGAUGAUGUUUGUGUGGAUGAUGAUCAGGUUGGUUCAGUAAGAUCAAUAGGUGUGGGAAUCAAUAGUGAUGCUGCUGAUAUUGGCAGUGAAGUACGGGAAAGUUUGGUUCGAGGCAGUAGUGAAGGGGAUCUAGAAUACUUUCGAGACCGUAACAUAGGAAUUGGUGGGUCCCGGAAGCAUCGUCAUGAAUCAGAUAAGAAAAACAUAGAUAGAUCUAACAAGGACAAAAGGAAAACUAGUAAACAUGAGGCAAAUAAAUAUAUAGUUGAGAAUGAUACGGGUGCAUCGGGACAGAAGAAAAAUCAUACAGCAGGGUAUUUUCAUUCCCUCCACAACUUAGAGAUGGACAGUUGGUGCAGGCAAGCUCUAGUAAAUCUUUAUGGUCAAACAACUGCAAUGCUGUUGUCACUAAUGAAACUGAUGACUGUAUGGUGGGUUCUGAUAACAUGGAGGCAGAAAAGUAAUGAUUCCUCACCUAGAAUGAGUUGUAGGGACGAAAAUAAUGCGAAUGCUGUUAGAUCCACAAACUCUAUUCCCUCAACGCUCUCUAAUUAUGCUUAUGCCGAGAGAGAGCAUGCCAAGCAAGAAGAUGAUAAAAUUGCUGCUGUUGGGAAGAAGAUACAGGAGCAUCACUUGAGGAUGAAGAGGCAGCUGCUGUGCAAGAGCAAGUAA